CAAAAAUGCGGAUACUGUACUAUCAAUUUAAGAUAUCAAAUUAUGAAUUUCAUAGAUAAUAAAAUGAACAAGGCCGUCACCACAAUCAGGAGGAUCCAUAAAAACAUUCUCAUCAUGCCAGCAAUUAGAACGGAAGGCAUAAGUACAAAGACAUACCCCACAAAUCCAAACCCCCCAUCCGCUUUAGAGUAGUUUCAACAUUAGAAAACACCGUCAAACUAUCAGAAAGAGUGUGACAUGUAACAUAACCGUUGACCCAAUCGUUCGGUCGAACCUACACCCAAAUGUCGGGGUGUUGCAUUUCCUCCAGGCUUGUAAAUUUUUUUUUCCUCCAAACUAGAACUGUUGGGUAGGGACUGAGAGAUAAACACUUGUACUGGGACAAAUCGUAUUCGAUCAAACUAUCUUGGCUGGAAUGUAACAUUUCCCUCCCCCUUAAGAAAAUUUCGACAUCAUAAUUUGCUUCAUAGCGUAACUCCUCAUGUACGGUCAUGAUAAUCAGCUUUCAUACGAGCAUGCGUAUAUUCCUUGUGUGUCUUAUCGCUUAUCGAAUUUUCCCAUCAUAGUACCACUUGACCACUAGACCAUAUAAUCUUCCCCAGUAAAUCUUAUCUAGCGUGGAUUCACCCAUUUGAACUCCUAACUUCUCUAACAAGGUACCUUGCAUUCCUCUUCCACGAUCAAAUGUGUCCCUUGCAUCUUUUUCCCAAUUGCGAUUGCCAUGUCGAUGACCACCAAUUUUUAUGCUCUCUGACCAUUCAACCUAAGAUAUUUCAACUAUGUCGUGAUCAUACUAUUCUCUCUUGGAGGAUUAAUGAGGUCCUUCAUGUCGCUGAUUAGAGUCAGCAUUCUCGUACUGUCGGGCUUAUGAUGGGUUGCAUUUCUGAAGUUGAGAGGUGGUGCUUGUUCAGGUGAACUUUGCAUUCAUGGAACGUUCUUACAACCUCCUAGUCAUCCUUCUUUACUGUUAGCUAGUAGUGCCCCUGCAGUAGAACAUAACUGUUCUCUCAAGACCGCGUGGUCCCACAUGCGUGCUGCACAUUCCCUGAUGAAUUUCCUUAAGUAUUCACUUUGAUUAUUCUUGUCUGAUUCUUCCACCAACAUUAGCGCCCUCCGUACUAGCUAGUCCAUAUCAGACCACGCCUUUAAGGUGUGUUCCUUCUUUAUGAGGGCCGGCUUUAGCUAGUAGCUAUGAGUAGACAUUCUUAGGUAACCUGCAGCCACGUUGGUAGAUAUCCCCCAGAUUUAUCCAAUGAUCACGUUCCAUCGAUCAUAAAAGUCUGAAAGUGUCUCCUCAUCCCCUGUCUGCAGUUGAUGAGCCAAAAUUCUAAGUUUUCAUCGCCUUAGCGAGGCAAACUUUCAUGUGAAUAGGACCGCUAGCUGCCCGCAGUUCUCUAUUAUCCCUUCGGGAAGUUCGGUAUACCACGACCUGUAGUGGUCGCUGAAGGUCACAAGAAGUGCUUUGUACAUGUCUAAAUCUGUGGUGUUGAUGAGCUGCAUCUUUAGCAUAUAGGCGCUCAAGUGAUCUGUCGGAUUCGAGGUUCAGCUAUAUGUAGAGAGUCUAAGAGAUGAGAAGUUUGGCGGGACUUGGGUCUUAAAUAGAUGUCUAGACAAUGUGGUUCUGCAACACACUGACCCCUUUAUCUCUCACGUACAAGGGUUACAGAUGCUCUUCUAAAAAGCUAAAGUUGAGCUGCUCUAUAGCCCUUUCAACGUCUAUAUCCACACUAUCUGUCUGAGCAGGGCUAUCAGGAAUUCGGAUCCCUCUGAGUCUUUCAUGCGGCUUCUGUGACCCUGUGCCCUCAUGCGUGGUAAUAUUCUUGUUCUUCAUUGGUGCUUGGAGUUCCAAAACUCUCCUCCAUCACGACUUCCUAAGCUUUGCUAGUAGGUCCCAUAGAAAACUAAGGAAAAUAUGCGGCAAAACAAGAAAGGGUGGGAAGAGAUAAAUCAUUACCAAUGCUAAUUUUAUGAAUUAUGCAGAUGUCCAUCAUGCUGCAUCGUAGUGAACGGUCGUGUAGACCUUGGAGCCAGCAACUGGUUCUGUAAGCUAGUGCUACAAAUAAACAUAUCUAUAUUUCCCAAGGUGAUGAGAUCCGUUUUGGGUAUGACAACCCUUGGACGAGCCCUCCUACAAGCAUUUUACACCGGCAUUUUUUCUUCCCAUCACAAUCGAAGGUCCAUUUGUCAUCCAUACACACUCACAAACCUUCAGCAACGGCCCAAACAGACAACUCAAAUUGGAUUCACUUUGUUAGCCAUACGCAAUGAAGUUUUCUUCAAAGCCCUUGCCAAAAUGUGCGUGUACAAAAAAAACCAUUCAAAUUCAAACGCAAGACGAUAUCAUAUUGUCAUUUACAAUUUGGGACGACGAAACAAAAAAACAAAAAACAGAAAAAGUUUGGCCGUUCCAAGGGAUCCAUUGCUCUGACCGGAGGCAUGGCAAAAAUAGUACAGUAUUUAGCCGGCAGCCGUCGCUAUCCGGUACCAACAAACUCCUGACGAUUAAUCCCAUCCCCCCUUCCCGCUGACAUGGCACGACAUGUGGGCCCACCCUUGUCGGCUCCAUGGGGCCCACCUGCCCCCUCUCCUCUCGACACCCUUCCGUCCCCCAUACAAUAUUUAACUAUUAUACCCCGGCUGUCCCACGUGGACGGUGACGUGGCCCGCUGCUAUAAAUACAAGUACGCACCCGCCUUCUCCCUCUCAUCACCCGCCGCUUCUCCCUUACAAACAACUCUCUUCUCUUCUUCGUUUUGCCUGCCAACACUUCGAGGGAAAUGGCCGUCGAUUCCACUACGCCGACGGCGCUGGGCCCACCGGCGUGCGAGAAAGACAGGAAGGCCCUCGAGUUCAUCGAGGAGAUGACCCGGAACGCCGACUCGGUGCAGGAGCGGGUCCUGGCCGAGAUACUCCGGAGGAACGCCGACACCGAGUACCUCCGCCGCUUCGGCCUCGACGGCGCCACCGACAGGGAGGCGUUCAAGUCCAAGAUUCCCGUCGUGACUUACGAGGAUCUCAUGCCGGAGAUCCAGCGCAUCGCUAACGGCGACCGCUCGCCUAUCCUCUCUUCCCACCCCAUCUCCGAGUUCCUCACCAGCUCCGGAACUUCAGCUGGCGAACGGAAACUGAUGCCAGCUAUUGAAGAGGAUUUGGACCGUCGCCAGCUUCUCUACAGCCUUCUCACUCCCGUCAUGAACCUGUAUGUCCCGGGACUGGACAAAGGCAAGGCGCUCUACUUCUACUUCAUCAAGGCCGAGUCAAAGACCCCCGGCGGCCUGCUGGCCAGACCGGUUCUAACCAGCUACUACAAAAGCGACCACUUCAAGAACCGGCCGUACGACCCGUACAACGUCAUCACCAGCCCGACUGAGGCGAUCCUCUGCGUCGACUCCCACCAGAGCAUGUACACCCAGAUGCUGUGCGGCCUCAUCAUGCGCCACGACGUCCUCCGAGUCGGCGCCGUCUUCGCCUCCGGUCUCCUCAAGGCCAUCCGCUUCCUCCAGCUCAACUGGGACCAGCUCGCCCGCGACAUCCGGACCGGCUCGCUCAACCCCAACGUGACCGACCCGUCCAUCCGACGUGUCAUGGCCCAAACCCUAACCCCGAACCCGGAUCUGGCCGAUUUCAUCGCCGAGUCAUGCUCGGAUACCAACUGGGAAGGGAUCGUCGCCCGAAUCUGGCCCAACACCAAGUACCUUGACGUCAUCGUGACGGGCGCCAUGGCUCAGUACAUUCCAACCCUCGAGUACUACAGCGGCGGCUUGCCGAUGACUUGCACCAUGUACGCCUCGUCGGAGAGCUAUUUCGGGCUCAACCUCAAACCGAUGGUCAAGCCGUCGGAGGUGACUUACACGCUGAUGCCCAACAUGUGCUACUUCGAGUUCAUGCCGCACGUGGCGGGGGACGACGAUGAUGAUGACGAUGUGGAGGGCGAGGUGCAGAGCUCCUCGCGUAAUCUGGUGGAGCUGGCUGACGUGGAGGUGGGGAAGGAGUACGAGCUGGUGAUCACUACCUACGCUGGACUGUGCCGGUACAAAGUCGGGGACGUCCUGCGGGUGGCGGGUUUCCACAACGCGGCCCCGCAGUUCCGGUUCGUCCGGAGGAAGAACGUCCUGCUCAGCAUCGACUCGGACAAGACGGACGAGUCGGAGCUGCAGGCCGCGGUGGAGAGCGCGUCGGAGCUGCUGAUGAAGGGAUUCGAGACGAGGGUGGUGGAGUACACGAGCUACGCGGACACGAAGACGACGAUCCCGGGGCACUACGUGGUGUUCUGGGAGAUGAUGGGGAGGAGCGAGUCGUUGCCUCCGACGGAGGAAGUGAUGGAGCGGUGUUGUCUGGCGAUGGAGGAGAAGCUGAACUCGGUGUACAGGCAAGGCAGGGUGAUCGACUCGAUCGGACCGCUGGAGAUAAGGGUGGUCCGGGCCGGGACGUUCGAAGAGCUGAUGGAUUACGCGAUCUCGCGGGGCGCGUCGAUCAAUCAGUACAAGGUGCCGAGGUGCGUGAGCUUCACGCCCAUCAUGGAGCUGCUGGACGCUAGGGUUGUGUCGAGGCACUUCAGCCCGGCGGUUCCUCAUUGGUCGCCGGAACGACGGGGGGCUGAGUGAAUGAAACGGCAGAUAAAUAAAUAAACCCAUGAUCGAUCGUGUUUGAAUAUUAUUGUUUUUUUUUUUUAUAAUUUUCUAAGGAAAGGGGAUAAUAAUUAUAAUAAAGUUGGUGAAAUUGGCAAGGGUAAAGAUGAAAAACGAAAAGGGUCAGUCGGGGUAGCUAGUGGCUUCUGGCUGCUGUUUCUUCUUCUUCUUUUAUCUUUUGUUUUGGACUGUAGGUUUUGAAAGUGUCACCCUUUUCUUUCUACUAAAGUCCUUUUUCCUCGAUUUCUACGCGUAGGUCUGCGUCUGUUCUGUGUAAUAUAAAAAAAAAUGUAGCUACUGCCUAGUUCAUUAUUGUGAUGAUAAUAUAAUAGUAAUAUUAAAGUUUGGUCUUGCUGUAAAAUGUGUUCUUCUGACUGCACCCCGGCCGUAUGAUUUGUUAAUGUUUUAUGGUCCCUGCCAUGUCACGCCUGCCAGCCUGCCACCGGUUGUACCGGGUUCAACCGGUACCGGUCAUAAAAUUGGCGUGACACCACCGGUAUGACCGGCAUGAUCGAUAUACGAAUCUCUAAGUAAAAUGAUCUUAUUUUAUAUAAUUUAAUUGAUAAAAAUUAUUUUAUUAUUUAUUUUAUGAGUAUAAAAGUUAAAUAUUGAU